GACGAGACCACUCUGGCGUGGCGUUUAAAGAUCUGGUCUGGUGCCAAUUUUACAAAAACUACUGAUACGUGUGUGACAGACCUUUGAAUUAUUGGGGCUUUUCAUUUCCAGAGACUGCGGUGGCGCUGCGUCAGUCACGUUCUGCAUAAAGGCCUACUGAUCCAAACUGAAAAUGGACUCUGGGAAUGCUUCUGCUUCUGCUCCUGAAUCGAGCCAAAGAGGAGGGAGCCAUUCAUUGAGCGACAGCCCAGACUCGACCAAGAUUGGAACGACUAAUGAUUCAGCAGAUUCCAGUCGGACUACUGCCGAAAUGCCAGUGGAAAGCUCCAGUGUCUAUUACAAUAUGAGUCACAAAAGAAGAGGUCUUGCAAUCGUCAUAUCCUACAGCAAAUUCCACGCCUCCCUCAAGUUGACUCCACGUCCAUGCGCUUCACAUGACGCCGAUCUCUGUAGAGCUUCUCUUGAACAACUGGGCUAUGAGGUCAGAACUCAUUUGGAGAAUCCAAAGAAAGAUGAGCUGCUAAACAUCUUGAAGGAAGCGAGCCAAUACGACCACAGCGACUGUGACAGUCUGAUAGCCGUCUUUAUGAGCCAUGGAAAGCGCGACAAAAUAUCCAACAAGGAAUAUGUGUAUGCCUGGGACGGAGAGGUUCUCACGUCGCAGCUCUGGGAGAAUUUCACGGCAGAAAACUGCCCUACAUUAGCUGGGAAACCAAAGAUGUUCUUCAUUCAGGCCUGCAGAGGGAAGGAAGGUGAUGUAGGAGUUCUGCUGACGAAAACAAAGACCACCAGUGUCACUGAUCAUGUGACCAUUCAGUCUAAAAAAGAAUACUUGAUUCCUUUGUGUACCGAUAUGCUCAUCAUGUGGGCCACGUACCCAGGCACGUACUCUUUCCGCUCCACAAGAAAUUCCGGAAGAGAGGCAAGCGUAUUCAUUUACUUCCUGACCAAAAUUCUCGACAAGGACGGCGGCGAAGAAGAUUUGGCAUCCAUGCUGCUCAGUGUUACUCGCUUAGUUGGCAUCCAGUACGAGUCUUAUUCUCCGGAUGAGGAUAAAAAUAACAAAAAACAGAUGCCAUACACGAUGUCGACUCUGAUGAAGAAAAUCAAGUUCUUUUAAAAGGUUCUGCUUCCUCUCCAUUUACAGUCACUUUCAUGCGGUAUUGACCAACUUCUUGUCUCGCUCACCAGACCAGAAAGAUUAAGUUAUGUACAGCUUUUUAAAAAUGUAACAGUUUUCAUUAUUAGAGUUUAUAUGAUGCAAAAUGGAUGACAAUACUUAAAGUCACGAAAUACAAUUAAAAAUCAAUAAUAUAUAAUGCCAUAAAUAUUACAUCAAGGAACUUAAAAAUGUCAAUUUGUUUUUAAUAUCCAAUAUAAAAGGAAAUAUAUAUUAAGAAAAGGA